GCGAUCCUCGCGAUGAUCCCAGCCUCUCCGCUGCGGAGCCUCAGCCUCAGGUCGCUGCGCGAGACCCGGGGAAGCUCGGACAGGCCGUCGGUUUGCAGUUCUGACCUCAGCAGCAGCUGGCCGGCCCCCUUCGACAGCUACGAGUCCUGGGAGCUCGAGAGCGAAGCGGGAGAGCCUGGCGAGGGUCCGGCGAGUUGCUGGCAAGCGUUUCGGCGGAAGUGCGCGGGCAUCGUGGGGUCUUAUGCCUUCAACACCUUUAUUGGCGCAUGCAUCAUAUCAAAUUGUGCGACGAUCAAUCUCGAGCAACAUGGUCGGCUCCAGCACGGGGCCGACAGCGUGUCUACUACGCUUGUUGCGGUGGAGGAUGGGUUUCUUGUGGUGUACUCGCUUGAGCUCGCCAUGCGCUACUUGGGCAUGGGAUGGCGGUGUCUCCGGAACCGCUGGGUACUGUUCGACACUUUAUUGGUGGUGAUCGGAGUAUGUGUCAGAUUGGGCAGUGCUUUGCUUAGUGACGACAUGGCAGGGGCAAGCACAUUUGUGAUGUUUCGGACGGUGCGGCUAGUACGUUUGGCGCGAGCUCUCAAUCUGGUCAAAUUGAAGGUCUUCUGGACGUUAUUACGGGGGCUGGUGGGCUCUGCAGACACGAUGUUCUACACCCUGAUCGUCCUCGCGAUGAUGCUGUACAUAUUCGCCGCCAUCGGCCUGGACGUCGUCACCCUGAGAUACCGAGACCGCAAUUACGUCAACCAGCCUGAGGUUGAGAGAGUUGUUGAAGAGUAUUUCGGGUCAAUGACCGACACGAUGCUCACAAUCUUGCAAUUCCUAUGCCUUGACAGUGUGGGUGAAAUCUACAGGCCGUUGAUAAGGAAUGACUUGAGUCUGGCGUUGUAUUUUGUGCUCAUUAUCCUAAUUCUCCCGAUCGUGCUCUUGAAUCUCGUCACCGCUCUGACAGUGAACAGUGCCAUGGAGGAGGCAGCCAACGACAAGUUGGCAAGGAAGGAGCAGGAGGCACACAGGAAGCGGACCCUCCUCAAGAAGGCCAAGGAGCUGUUUGUGGCGCUGGAUGGCGACUGCUCCAAUGCCAUCAGCCGCGAAGAGAUGGAGGCCGUCGACGAGGAGGGGAAGGGCCUACUGUGCGAGAUCUGUGGGAACGUCGAUCCGCUUACCAUGUUCGAUCUCCUGGACGUCGACGGGAGCGGCGAGCUGGACAUCGACGAGUUCUGCGGCGGCGUGUUGAAGUUCAUCAGCUCCGGGGAGUCCCUCGAGAUGCUGCGCAUGCAGGGCCAGGUGCAGCUGCUUGCUGCGGGGCACAGUCAGAUCAGCACAGCGCUGUCCGGCAUCUUGGAGCUCGUGGACGACCCGCAGGCGCCACCCGCGGUCGGGACGCAGCCGGCGCUGCGGCCCGGACGCACGAGGAGGCUCUCCCAGCCCAGGCGCCCGGAGCCGCAGCCGCCGCCCCGGGCGCCCGCGGACGGCCCGGCGACGCGGAGCGAGAACGCCGCGCUGCAGCGGCGGCUCGAGCUGGCCGAGGCCCUGCUCGCCGAGCUCGCCGCCGAGGCCGGCGGCCCCGGGGGCGCGGCGGGGGCCGGCGGCGGCGGCGAUCAGGCGUUCCAGACCGUUCUGGCCUGGGACGGCGCGCCCUCGCGUGCCGGGAGCCCCGCGAGCACGGAGGUCGCGCCCGCGCCCGAGCCGCCCGAGCCAGUGUUGUACGAGAGGGUCUUGCGGGACGAGGAGAGCAAGAGCCCGUGA